AAAACCCAGAAAGUUGUGUUCUUUGUGAAGAUGCAGAGUGGAAACGACUGUCGUAAAGCACCCAUGAACAUGGGAUUGGAUUGUUAAGAGUGAAAGCCCAUUUGAAGUUUGAUUGGAUUUUUUUUUUUUUUUGGGGGGGAGAGAAAUGUCGAAGUGGUUGGGGAGGAUUGCUGGGCUGUUCAGCAGUCGGAGUAUGGUCGGAAAGGACAAGGCCGGGAACCGUUACUUCACCAGAAAAGAUGAAGUUGAUGGUGUCUUGAAAGAGAAAAGAUGGGUGGUAUUCAAGGGGGAGGAGGACCCAACCUCUGUUCCAGUUGAAUGGAUAUGUUGGCUCAACGGGCAGCGGAAAAAGGCUCCAACGACAGAGGAAAUGAUACAAUUGGAAGCAAAGCGUGAAAGAGUCCGGCAAAAUGUUGCUCUUCUGAAGAAAGAAGAAGAGGAAAGAAAAGCAAGAGAAGGCACUACACGCAAAGUCGUAAAUACUGGUAAAGCCGGAGGCCCAGACUUGAGAAGUUUCAUUCGCCAAUUUCCUGGGUCCUCAGAAGGUGACGAACACAAGGAAGAAACCAAUGAGAUGGAUGAAGUGAGGCCGCCCAAAGAGAAAGAGGCAGAAAAAGAAAUACUUUCGGAGUCUACAGAGCCUACAGGAUCUGGUCAAACAUUCAAGCCAGGGACAUGGCAGCCACCAACAUGAAGUCAAAUUGAUUAUGCAGACACAUUUUAAAAGUGUGAGCAUAUUUAACACUCAUGUCCAGGUAUAAUGCACUGAUUUUUUCUGCCAAAGCAGACGACAUGGUGAGUUGUUAAGUGACUAUGUUUUAACGGUUUUGUGGCACACUGCAAUACCUUCAUUUUGUUUCGGUUUCCCUUCUCAAUCCAAGCACAAUACAUGCUUAACGGCACAAUGUAUUGAUCGAGUUUUUUGUAGUAGUAGUCUCUUUAUUUUGCAUUUAUUAAAAAGUGUAUACACAGUUGUGCACCAAAUUAUAUUACAUCGUUGUACAUCCAAGUCAUCACCAUGACUGGCAUACAAGAAACUUUGAACAUUGUUUGCCUUUGCUUUGUCGUGCUUAGUGCCAUAUCCACUUUUUAUAGCGGGUAUGGAUCAAGUUUGAUCC